CGGUGAUUGCCGAUUUCCGCGCCCGCCGAGAAGCACUCCGGACACAGCUCGAUAUCGGGGCAGUCGGUGCAGCGAAGCCGCAGGUUGGUGACGUCCGUAAGGCAGUAGACGCAGUACUUCUUCCCCAGGUCGGCCAUGUUGCCUGGCUCCUGCUGCUGCUUCUUGUUGUUGGAGGCAGAACUGUGCGCCUGCGCACUGCGAGCUUCGCGGCGCGACCUUCCCACAUCCUGCUUGGUUAAUAUUAAUGAGAAGAGAGGCCUGGGCGCCUCUGAUUGGCUCCCGAUCCCAGUUUCCAGGACAACCGAAACAAAACGAACAGUUUCAGACUACCGAAGGGCACGAGCCCUUUAGUUCUAGACACAUUUUGGGGUAUUCUUUUUUUCCCUUUGAAAAUGGAUGGAGAGACAGGAAACAAGGUGAAGAAUGUUAGGGAGGCGUCAGCAGCAGACUCUACCAGCGAGGAGGACAAUUGUGCUGUGACAGGUCAUGGAAGUGAAAAGGAAGAUGUCCAAGCUGAAACGGUUGCAUCAGAUCAUGAUGAAGAAGACUCUGAAAGUGUGAACAACCCCACUGAAGAGGCCGCUGAGCCAGAAGAGAACACAAGCCAAGGCUGGGAUGUGAAGACACAUGAAGUCAGUCAACAGACACAUGAAGUCAGUCAACAGACACAUGAAGUCAGUCAACAGACACAUGAAGUCAGUCAACAGACACAUGAAGUCAGUCAACAGACACAUGAAGUCAGUCAACAGACACAUGAAGUCAGUCAACAGACACAUGAAGUCAGUCAACAGCCAACGUCACACGAGGACAGUGCAGCUGUUUCCCAGGUUAACAGCAGCGAUGGCGAUGGGCCCCCCAGUCUGCAUCCUGAGACCCUGGAGAGAAAGAAGAACACUAGUCCUACACAAGCCGAAGAAGAGGGAUCCACCACUGCUCCAGAAGACAAUGAAGACAGCAACUCUGAGGACAUCCAGCCCAAGCAGGAGCAGCGUGAGGACAGAGACGUCCCCCGGCCCAGCCAACGCCACAGGCUGCUGCAGAUGAAGCUGGCAGAGUUCUUUCAGAAGAAGGCCGGGGACGAGCCGCAGCUGGACAGGGAGGUCCCCGUGUCCGAGCAGGAGUAUGAGAAGUACGUUGACCUCCUGGCUGAGCUGAAGCAGCAGCUUGCCGCCAACUCAGAGAGCGCUCAGAGGCAGGCAGAGGAGCUGAGGUUCAAGUCCCAGCAGAGGCUGGACAAGGUGGAAAAUGAAUGGCGAGCGUUGGUGGCACUGAAGCAGGACGUGGCUGUGACGGUACUAAGCCGGCGCCUGGGUAAACAGGCAUCUCAGGCCAAAGUUGAGGCAACCCUGGCAACAGAGAAGCUUCUGCAGCACGAGCUGAUCACGCUGCGCCGUAAGCACAUCAAGCUGCAGAUCAAGGUUCGCCGGCUGGAGGCAGAGCUCCGUGAAGGGGACCAGCGUGCCAGGGACCCGUUACAGCUCCAGUUUGAGCAGCUUCAGGCUGAGAGGCUGGAGAUGAAGAAACACACCAAAAAGCAAAAUGAGGAAUCUUCAAAGAUGCAGAAAAAGAUCAGCAGCAGCUUGGAGCUCCUGUCAAACAUCAAGGAGAAACUGUUCUGGAGCCAGAUGGAGGUCCAGGCCAAGAGAGAGCAGCUGGCCGUGGUGGAGGCCACGGUGGCCAGGAAGAGGGACCUCCUUACCAGGACUCGGCAGGCCCGCAACGGCCUGCAGAGAGACAACGUGAGGCUCAAGGAGCACCGUGGACUUCUGGGUAACAGCGUCCUGCUACAGGACUUUGAGGAUACGGUGGACGUCUCCGACCAGCUGGAGGAACAGCUGGAGGAUCUGAAGUGCCGGCGAGCCGAGAUGGUCUUCAGUUGUGGCAGGUGGAGGAAGUAGCUGGAGACAACUUAAUGAAUGAAUGAACAGAUGACUGAAUUAAGAUUUUAAGCUGUGAUCAGACUAUACAAUAUCAGCCCCGAAAAAAAGCCAGAUUCAACAGAGUAGGGUCAUCAGGUCGUUGUAAAGCCAUUGCCUGUGGUGUGUGCAGACAAUGAAUAAUCCAUAAAUGAUUGUUUCCAGUUGGCAAAAACAAUUAUGUCGGGUUGAGGUAUACUUUCACCACAUUUUGAUAGCUAUGAAAAUAUAAUUGCGUCAUUAGUUGCACUGCAGCACGUUACAUUUAGCAGGAAUUAAUGUAAUUGCCCCAACCCACCAUAUUACGACCAGAAGACAAAUGUCACAACUGAAACAAACCAUGGUCAGGACUACUUUACUAAGGCAGUAAGCCCCACUGGCCAACAUUUUUAUACACUCUAUCUCAGUGACUCCAAACAGUCGCCAGGGGGUACGUGGAAAGAUUAUGAAGCUCAACAAAAUUGAAAAUAAUUGAAAUUAUGAUUUGAUUAAUCAGCUGUAACACCUGAACACUACAUGUUGUGUAAGAGUGUGUGGAAACCAGUUAGAAAGUUGAAACCAUUUUAUUUCUAUAGUUUAAACAGGUAGCUAAAAGUAAUGGAUAUAUUGUAGAACUAAAUAGCUAAAAGUAACGCCUGAACUGCUGAAAUAGUUAGCUGAAAGUACAGAUUUAACAAUUGAAGUGAUUAU